AUGGAGCCGUGGAAGCAGUGCGCGCUGUGGCUCAUCCACUGCAAGGUGCUGCCUUCCAACCACCGGGUGACCUGGGACUCGGCGCAGGUGUUCGACCUGGCUCAGACCCUCCGCGAUGGAGUCCUGCUUUGCCAGCUGCUCAACAACCUCCGGGCGCACUCCAUCAACCUGAAGGAGAUCAACCUGAGGCCGCAGAUGUCCCAGUUUCUCUGUUUGAAGAACAUAAGGACAUUCCUCACGGCCUGUUGCGAGACGUUUGGAAUGAGAAAGAGUGAACUCUUUGAGGCGUUUGACUUGUUUGAUGUCCGUGACUUUGGAAAGGUUAUAGAAACAUUAUCGCGACUCUCUCGCACACCUGUAGCACUGGCCACAGGAAUCAGGCCCUUCCCGACAGAAGAAAGCGUUAAUGAUGACGACAUCUACAAAGGCCUGCCCGAUUUAAUAGAUGAAACCCGUGUGGAAGAUGAAGAGGGUCUGUACGACUGUGUUUAUGGGGAAGACGAAGGUGGCGAAGUGUACGAGGACUUGAUGAAGGCAGAGGAGGCGCAUCAGCCUAAAUGUCCAGAAAAUGACAUACGAAGUUGCUGCCUAGCAGAAAUCAAGCAGACAGAAGAAAAAUAUACAGAAACAUUGGAGUCGAUAGAAAAAUAUUUCAUGGCACCAUUAAAAAGAUUUCUGACAGCAGCUGAAUUUGAUUCAGUAUUCAUCAACAUUCCUGAACUUGUAAAAGUUCAUCGGAACCUAAUGCAAGAGAUUCAUGAUUCCAUUGUAAAUAAAAACGACCAGAACUUGUAUCAAGUUUUCAUUAACUACAAGGAAAGGUUGGUUAUUUAUGGGCAGUAUUGCAGUGGAGUGGAGUUGGCCAUCUCUAGUUUAGACUACAUUUCUAAGACAAAAGAAGAUGUCAAACUGAAAUUAGAGGAAUGUUCUAAAAGAGCAAAUAAUGGGAAAUUUACUCUUCGAGAUCUGCUUGUGGUUCCUAUGCAGCGUGUUUUAAAGUAUCACCUUCUCCUUCAGGAGCUGGUCAAACAUACCACUGAUGCUAUGGAGAAGGCAAAUUUGAAACUGGCUCUUGAUGCGAUGAAGGACUUGGCACAAUAUGUGAAUGAAGUGAAAAGAGAUAAUGAGACCCUUCGUGAAAUUAAACAGUUUCAGCUAUCUAUAGAAAAUUUGAACCAACCAGUUUUGCUUUUUGGACGACCUCAGGGAGAUGGUGAAAUUCGAAUAACCACUCUAGACAAGCAUACAAAACAAGAAAGGCAUAUCUUCUUAUUUGAUUUGGCAGUGAUUGUAUGUAAAAGGAAAGGUGAUAACUAUGAAAUGAAGGAAAUAAUAGAUCUUCAGCAGUACAAAAUAGCCAACAAUCCUACAACUGAUAAAGAAAAUAAAAAGUGGUCUUAUGGCUUCUACCUCAUCCAUAUCCAAGGACAAAAUGGGUUAGAAUUUUAUUGCAAAACAAAAGAUUUAAAGAAAAAGUGGCUGGAACAGUUUGAAAUGGCUUUGUCCAACAUAAGGCCAGACUAUGCAGACUCCAAUUUCCAUGAGUUCAAGAUGCAUACCUUCAACCGGGUUACAUCCUGCAAAGUCUGCCAGAUGCUUCUGAGGGGAACAUUUUAUCAAGGCUAUUUAUGUGUUAAGUGUGGUGCAAGAGCACACAAAGAAUGUUUGGGAAGAGUAGACAAUUGUGGCAGAGUUAAUUCUGCUGAACAAGGGACGCUCAAACCAUCCGAGAAACGGGCCAAUGGACUCCGAAGAACCCCCAGACAGGUGGAUCCAGGUUUACCAAAGAUGCAGGCCAUUAGGAACUAUACUGGAAUGCCAGCCCCCGCUCUUCAUGAAGGACCCCCGUUACACAUCCAGGCAGGAGAUACAGUUGAACUUCUGAGAGGAGAUGCACACAGUCUGUUUUGGCAGGGUAGAAAUUUAACAUCUGGAGAGGUUGGAUUUUUCCCGAGUGAUGCUGUCAAGCCUUGCCCCUGUGUGCCCAAACCAGUAGAUUAUUCUUGCCAGCCCUGGUAUGCUGGAGCAAUGGAAAGAUUGCAGGCAGAGACUGAACUUAUUAACAGGGUAAAUAGUACUUACCUUGUGAGGCACAGGACCAAAGAGUCAGGAGAAUAUGCAAUUAGCAUUAAGUACAAUAAUGAAGCAAAGCACAUCAAGAUUUUAACAAGAGAUGGCUUUUUUCACAUUGCAGAAAAUAGAAAGUUUAAAAGCUUAAUGGAACUUGUGGAGUACUACAAGCAUCACUCUCUUAAAGAAGGAUUCAGAACCUUGGAUACAACUCUGCAGUUUCCUUACAAGGAUCCAGAACAUUCAACUGGACAGAGGGGUAACAGAGCAGGCAACAGCUCCCCUUCUUUGUUCUGUGGGUUUUCUUUUGUAACUCCUCCAGACUACAGCUUUGUUCCCCCUUCUUCCACUCCUUUCUGGUCAGUGUUAAGUCCAAAGGUGCUGGGCAUCGCCAUCGCUCGGUAUGACUUCUGUGCAAGAGAUAUGCGAGAAUUGUCCUUGUUGAAAGGAGAUGUGGUGAAGAUUUACACGAAGAUGAGUGCGAAUGGCUGGUGGAGAGGAGAAGUAAAUGGCAGGGUGGGCUGGUUUCCAUCCACGUAUGUGGAAGAAGAUGAAUAAAUUCCAAUCCAGCGUUGCACCCCGCACCAGGAAUUUCAGAGAAGGGAUAAAUAGAAGCCUGCACAGCAUUAUGAAUUCACUGAAGUGUUUAAAAAGCUGCCUUUCUGGCUAUUCAACAUCCUCCCUCUUUUUCCCCUCCUAAGUCUUAAUGCUGGGGUUUCUAAAGAUGCUGGUACUGACAGAUUAAUGGCUCGCCUAGAGCUGUGCAAGAAACAGCCUGCCCGCCUGUCAUCGUCAGGGACCAGGGCAAAGCCAAAAGCUUUUCUUCCUCUUGCAAACACAUUGGUUCAUGUUUCUUUUUUCUUUGUCCAGUCAGACGCCAUGAAUGCCAGCCAGCCAUUAGUAAAUGCUUAACACAUAGUUACUUUCUUCUCAC